AAGAAAAACCUGAACUAUGGUGCAUUUGGUACCUAGGCUGACAGUACAAGAAUGGCAAGCAGAUCACUCUGUCCUCUUAAUGCAACUUCUCACAACCAUCAGGACAAAUCCAAUCUUGGGGAAAGCAAAAAGGCAUCUUGUUCAUUUUCCAUUGAAAGCAUUUUGGGGUUAGAGCGAAAAAAAGAUGGCACAACUGCUGCAAAGCCGCACAGGCCAUGGAUGGAUAAAUGCAAUGAUUUAGGAGAGGAUUGCAACCCUUGUCUACGUUUUCCUGCCAUUUCCUAUGCAAUCCCAUUGUUUAAUGCGAUCAGCUACCCAGAGGCAGAAGAAAGAGUUCGGAAAUGUGAAAACUAUUUUGCAGUCAAUGAAAAGCUUUCUUACAAAAGGGAAUUGAGUUGGUACAGAGGUAGGAGGCCAAGAACUGCAUUCACUCGGAGCCAGAUUGAAGUGCUGGAAAAUGUUUUCAGAGUGAACUCUUAUCCUGGGAUUGAUGUUAGAGAAGAACUAGCUCAAAAAUUAGAUUUAGAUGAAGACAGGAUCCAGAUCUGGUUCCAGAAUCGCCGGGCAAAGCUGAAGAGAUCCCACAGAGAAUCUCAGUUUCUAAUGGUGAAAAACAAUUUAUCUCAAAACAUGAUAAAAUAA